AGGCGUGCUGCUGGGCUUCCUUCCAGAGGGAGGACAAGUGCUGGGCUCCCGCCUCGCCGCCUCUGCCUUCUCCUCCUGGCCACCCUUUGCGCACUGAGGCCGGUGCCAGGCAGAGGAGAGGAGAGGAGAGCGAGGCCAUUGGUGCCCAGUUGCUGCCCUCCAGCACUUGGGGGUCGAUGUAGCUUCUCCAGGGCAGAGACCGGCUCUCCCUUUGGCGUGGGCACUGGGGCACCUUUGCGCGCCCAGCUUGGAGAUGGAGAAGAUCAGCAGCAGCAGGAGGCGGAGGAGGAGGAAGAGGGCUCCCCGGUGGUCCCUUUCCCCCUUCCCAGGGGCUCCCUGGCUGCUACUGAUGGCGCUGGUGGUGGCGCUGGUGCCCACCACAGACUCCUCAGAUGACAAUACCUUCACCAUACGCCAUGAAAAAACCAACAAGUGCAUCCAAGUUAAAAACGAGCAGGUAAUAGCAGAAGACUGCCAAGAGACUAAAGAGGCCAUAUGGACAUGGGUCUCCCAACAUCGCCUUUUUAACUUGGGAUCCCAAAAGUGCCUUGGAAUAGAUACUUCCAAACCCCGGAAUAUCUUGAAAGUAGUGGAUUGUGAUUCAGACAUUACACUGUGGUGGCGGUGCCUUGAUACCUCAGUAUAUUCUGCUUCACAGAACAAAUUGACUUUAAAGAAUGGAAUUUUGACAGUAGGUGUAAACGCAUCUGAUACGUGGAGAAGAAAUAAUUCCAGUGAUGUAAUUUGUAAACUUCCAUAUCGUGAAAUUUAUACCAGUGGUGGAAACUCCUAUGGGAAGCCUUGUGAAUUUCCAUUCCUUUUUAAUAAGACAUGGCAUCAUGACUGCAUACACAAUGAAAUGUUCAAGGGUGGUGAAUGGUGCUCUACAACCUCUGAUUUCAGUCAACAUGGAAAAUGGGGAUUCUGCUUAAAACCAGAGGAUGGUUGUCAGAAUACAUGGGAGCAUGAUGUGAAAUCUGGAAGUUGCUAUCAGCUAAAUACACAGGCUGCCCUAUCUUGGAAGGAAGCAUAUGUCUCAUGUCAGAGACAAGGUGGAGACUUGCUGAGCAUCAGUAGUGCAUCUGAAUUAAGCUACAUUCAAGCUAAAGAUGGAAUUGCAGAGAUAUUUUGGAUUGGAUUAAACCAACUGGAUAUUUCUGGUGGCUGGCAGUGGUCAGAUCAUACCCCACUGAACUUCCUUAGCUGGAGUCCAGAAAUGCAGGAUACGCCUCUGCUAGAUGGAACUGGCUGUGUAGCUAUGAAUGCUGACAGAGGCCACUGGAAGAGCUAUCCUUGUGAAACUGCACUUCCUUAUGUGUGCAAGAAGCAAUUUAAUAAUACCAAAGAAAAAUUUCCAGGAGUUCAAAGCUAUUUGGAGACUCAGUGUGAAUCUGACUGGAAUCCUCAUAAUGGGUUUUGCUAUAAACUAAUGAACAACUCUGCUUCGUGGAAAGAUGCAUAUCACUUCUGCAAUGCAAGCAAUAGCAGCUUAAUCAGCAUACAUUCCUUAGCAGAUGUUGAGUUAGUUGUUACAAAACUUCAUAUUGAAACAAAAGAUCGAGCGUGGACAGGCUUCAUGAAUGAGGAUACUCCAGCCUUGUUUAAGUGGUCAGAUGGUUCUGAAGUGGUGUUUACUUACUGGGAUCAGAAUGAGCCAAACCUUCCUUUAAACAGCACUCCCAACUGUGUAGCCUAUUCAGGAAAGUUGAGUCGGUGGAGUAUCCUGCCUUGCGAAGAAAAACUAAAAUAUGUGUGCAUGAAAAAAGGAAAAGUCUUGGAUGUACCUAUAUCUAAUAAAGAUUGUCCUUCAAGUGAGGAAUGGAAGAAGCAUGGAGAUUUUUGUUACAAAAUUGACAAGAGUGAAGUAUCAUUUGGAAAACUCUGUAAUCUCACUAUAACAAACAGGUUUGAACAAGAAUUCAUAAACACUUUGAUUAGAAGGCAUAGCAGAGUUGAAGGAAUGUACUUCUGGACUGGCUUGCAAGAUAUCAAAUCUACAGGAGAAUAUAGCUGGGGAAGUGUAGGUGGAAAUUAUGAAAAGCUAACCUACACAAACUGGGGUUCUUUUCAACCAGAAAUUCGUGGAGGAUGUGUGGUUAUGUCAAGUGGUAAACACCUUGGAAAGUGGGAAGUCAAGGACUGUAAAACAUUUAAUGCUUACUCUAUUUGCAAGAAGUAUGUUGGACCAAAGAAAGAACCAGACACACCACCUAAGGUCACUGACCCAUGUCCUCAAGGAUGGCAGAGUGGAUCAGGUCUUGCCUGUUACAAGUUCUUUCAUAAAGAAAGAGUACUGAGAACAAGAACCUGGGAAGAAGCAGAGAGAUUCUGUGAGGCUCUUGGAGGACAUCUUCCUAGUUUCAGCCACUUGGAUGAAAUGAAAGAAUUCCAUACAAUACUGAGAGAGACCAUCAGCAAUGACAGAUGGGUCUGGGUUGGGCUUAACAAGAGGGAUCCAGGCUCUCUAGAGUCAUGGCAGUGGAGUGACAACAAUCCUGUAUCUACUGUUGUUAUGCCUGCAGAGUUUAGAGAAGAUGAAUAUGAUACUAGAGACUGUGCAGCACUCAAGACUCUUAGAUCCAUACGGCGUUCAUACUUUUCUUACUAUUUUGAAGACAGAGAUGAGGAUUUUUACUUAAAACCUUUCCACUGUGGUUCAAAACUUGAAUGGGUGUGCCAGAUCACUAAAGGCCGUACUCCAAAUAUACCAGAAUGGUACAAACCAGAUGAAGAUGGACUUCAUGGGCCAGCACUGAAUAUCGAUGGGUCUGAAUUCUGGUUUGUGCCCCAUAAGCAUUUGAGCUAUCAAGAAGCUGCUCUCUACUGUUCUGAGAAUGAAAGCGACUUAGCUUAUGUGACCUCUUUCACAGCGUUGACACAGAUUUUAAACAAGAUAGCAAAUUUAACGAAUGAAAAACAGAGUUGGUGGCUGAAAUACACUCCUCCUACAAGGCACUACCAUUCAUUUUUUUCGAUAUUUUCACGUUAUCAUGAAAGACACUUCAGAGAUUGUUGGCAUGUUUCUUAUCAAAGCUGGUACAGAGACAGCAUAAUAAGCUGCAGUACAAAACUUCCCUUCAUCUGCGAAAAAUACAACACAUCGCUUUUGGAGGCACAUGAUUCUAGUUACAAGCCACCUCAGAGAAGGUGUCCUGAAAAAUGGCUUAGUUUCCUGGACAAGUGUUUUCAAAUAGUGCCUUCUCAAGAUUUAAAAUUUCAAAAAGCAAAUGAAUAUUGUACUUCACUUGGAGGUAUGCUUCCUUCAAUCAAAAAUCAAGCUGAACAAGAUUUUGUAACAUCCCUGCUUCCUGGCAGGCCCCAAAACAUUUGGAUUGGUUUGCACAUUCGCGUUCAUAUGCGUGAAGAAAAAUGGGUAGAUGGAAGUGCUCUAGAGUAUAGCAACUUCCAUCCAUUGCUUCGAGGAAGACUGAGGAAGGUUCAGCUAGAUUUAUUUAAUGAGGAAGUAAACAACCAGUGUGGUGUUUUGCUCAACAAUCCUAAUUCACCAUAUGUAGGAACCUGGAAUUUCACUUCAUGUGCUGAUAUCCAUUCUGUAGCCAUAUGCCAACGGGAGCCAGAGGCAGCAGAAAACCAGACACAGGAAAUGCUUAAUGUCACCAUGGACUAUCUGAAUGUGAAAUACACCAUACUUCUGAAGAAUUUGACGUGGUUUAACGCACAACAGGAGUGCCUGCAGAAUAAUAUGCAGCUGGUUAGCAUCACAGAACAGUACCAGCAGGCUUUUCUUGCUACUCAAGCUGCCCGUCAUAAUUAUCCACUGUGGAUCGGGCUCUCCAGCAAAGAUGAUGGAAUACAUUACCACUGGUCGGACAGAAAACAUAUUAAUUUCAGUCGCUGGUCUGAUGAAGAUGAAGAUUUAGUUGAUGACUGUGUAUAUUUGGAUAGUGAUGGGUUUUGGAAAACAUCUGAAUGUUACUCAGAAAAACCAGGAGCAAUUUGCUACUUACCAGGAAAUGAAACUGAAAAAACAGAAUUAUAUCAUGAAUCUGUUCAGUGUCCACACAAGAUAAAGAACACACCAUGGAUAGCCUUUCGAAACAAUUGCUACACUUUCAUGGUAACAAAAAAUAGAUUUAAAGGACUGAGAUCAGAUGAAGGCCUCCAUUUAUGCAGGAUGAUGAACUCAAAUGCAUCGCUCCUGAGUAUCAGGGAUGAUGAAGAAAAUGAUUUUGUUGUUGAGCAGCUUCAUGCUUUCAGUGGCCUUGCUCGAUGGCUAUGGUUGGGUCUCAUUUAUGAGGCUGAUGGUAACAUUCUAAAGUGGUAUGAUGAUACACACCUAUCAUACAAUAAUUGGAGACUGGGAAGACCUGACAUAAAGAGUAACCGUUUUGUUUCUGGUGUUAGCCUGGAUGGUUUCUGGGAUAUUUACAACAAUACAGAGAACUGGAUACAACUGCAGUUCAGUUUGCAUAGUGUCCUUGUCUGCAAAAUAGAAAUGGGGACCAAAGAGGACAAACCACCACUGCCUACAGCAUUGCCCUAUAAAAACAAUACAUACUGGAUUCUUCAAAAACAGCUCAGCUGGUAUGAUGCAUGGAAAGAAUGCAAAAGAAAAGGAAGUGAAUUAGCCAGCAUACACAGUGAAUCAGAACAAGUAUUUCUGGAAGCUAUUGUGAAGAGUGAUGGAUUUCCAUUAUGGAUUGGUUUGUCCAGUCAUAAUGGAAGUGAUUCUGAUUUUGAGUGGUCUGAUGGAAGUGUGUUUGACUACAAGCCCUGGGAAUUUGAGAACACCCUUCCUCCUGGAAACUGUUUUUUCUUGGACACUAAAGGAAUGUGGAAUCGUGUGGUAUGCACACAUCAUGUUGAUGGUGCCAUUUGCUACUCCUCUCCUAACAAAAUACCGUCAAAGCAAGCUGAAAGUUCUACAAAAUGUCCGAAGACGACUAGUGGAUCAUCACAGUGGAUAGAAUAUAAAGAUCAUUGUUAUGCAUUUGAUAUGGCAUUUUACAAUUUCUCAGCAUAUACUGCAGAUGCUGCUAAAGAAGUCUGCAAGAAACUUGAUCCUUCUGCAGCGCUUUUGACUAUUAUGGAUGCAGAGGAAAAUAAGUUUGUGAGCACACACUUAAGACAACAUAACUUCAUUACUGGAAGGGUUUGGCUUGGAAUGCAGACUAAGGCUCAGUCCUUGAAGUGGCUUGAUGGCUCCGAGGUUAAAUACGCCAACUGGGCAAAGGGAAAGGAAAAUGCCAGUGGCGAAUGUGGUGUUAUGUUUUCAGCAAAUGGAACAUGGACCAGGAUGGACUGCAAGAAUGUCCAAAGCAGAGUUGUAUGCAAAGCUCCACAAAUUCCAAAUCAAGUUGGAGGGGCCAUAGUGGUUGCUAUUUUAAUUAUUAUGGUCCUCAUUGCUGGAUUAGUAUACUUCCUUUAUAAAAAGAAACGACUACGGUGGGGUGGAUUCUCUUCAGUACGCUAUGAACGAGGGCUGUAUGAAGAGGAAACGGACAGCAUGUUUGCCAGAGAUGGUGACUGAAGAACAAUGUCUGCUUGAUUGAAUUUAAACAAUUUCUGGAAUGGACUAUGUUGGCAUCUUCUUACAGGGUUUGCUUGGGCACAUUUCUGUGAGAUCUGUUUUGAGUAGCAGGUAAAUUUGGUUCUUUGGGUAUUAUACCAAAUUUUGUGAAUUUUUAUGGAUUAGUUGAAAGCAACCCUUUACCCAACUUUAGGCGAAUAAUAUGUCUAAGGCAACUCAUGAAUUAUUUCAACUCCACUCAAACUUUGCACUUUUUGUGGUCUUUUAAGAUUUGAAUAUGUAUACUAUGAUUCUGAUCUUGGUAUUGGGAUAUACAGCAGAUAUACAGAGGCCUAAGAAUAAAGAUUUGAAAUAUAACUUAUUGAACAUAAAACAUAUCAUAUGAAAGCUUGUAAUAUCAAGCCACUCCAUUUUUUAAAAGAUCUAUUGAAUACGGAUUUAUUUUUAGUACCUUGUGUUGAAAUAAAGGGAUUUUUUUGACCCAAGAUAUUUUCCAUCUUGUUCAAAGAUACAUUUUUAGUUACAACAAUAAAAAGAAUAAUAUAAUUUACCAGACUGCAUUUCUGACAAGGUUUAAUCUGAAUAAGCCAUACAUGCUGUUCCUCAUAGGUAUAAAUGAAAUAAACAAAAUUGAAAUCAAGGGCUAAACAAAAAGUUCAGAUUCCUAGUAAAAAGAGUUCCAGUCUCUACUUCUGAUGUUGUGAGUGGAAACAUAAAUUUCAGUACUAGGUUUUGUUUUGUUUUUAAUAUUAAAAUGUUAAGUACAUUGGCUAGAAUAUAAAGAUAUACAGAAAGAUCAAAAUGCUUCCAACAUGCUUCAGUUUUGCCACAGUGUUUCCACAGUGUGUUGGAUAGUGAGUUUUGCUUCUCACCCACUAUGCCAUCACAGACCCUAUCUCUUGAUACUUUGCUGUGAGUGGGGGAAAUCCCCCAAUUUCAUGUGGUGAAACAGCUCACCAUGUCAUGACAUUUUUCACAUGGAAUAAGCAUGUCUAGAUGUCAGUCAUUACAUGUAAACCAAUCCUUAGGUUGUAAAUACCAUAUACAGACAUUUAUCUGAGACUCAGCAGGACAUGUGUCUGGAUGGACAUGUAUGUGGUCACCUUAUUGCAGAGCUUUAUAAGAAAAUUAAUUAUAUUUUAAAACUUGAAGUGUAACAUUUAGACUGAUCUUUUCAUUUAAGCAGUUCUGUAGUGCUGAAUUUUGAAGUGCAAGCACUCAUCACAACAUAAAGCAAGCAUCUGUCUUGAGCCUUGUUAAUACCCCUUCCAGCAGUUUUCAUCUAGAGGUGUAAAUGGUUUGUUUCAUUCUUGCACACAUGAACAAAAAAAAUCCAAAUGUUUCCUCCCUCCUGAGUGAGAUUAUAAAUGCUUUUUUUGCACAUUUUGACCUUUUUUUUGGCAUCUAAGGACUUUUUUGUGAAAGUUCCUUUGCAUUAAAAACCUGGGUUUGGAAGAUACAGUACAUCCUUUUUUUUUUUAAUCCUUCCAAGGAGCAUCCCCAAAUUCUUUGCAUUACUUCUGGGACCCAUUGCAACAAUAUUGUUGCUUGGAAUAUCCAUCUUCCCACCCUUGCUUAGCUGAAGACUGCACCUAAGCUGAAGGGAAGGGGAAAAACUUGGGGGAUGGGAAUAAUAAGAUGGCAUGAUCUGGUUAUCAGAAGGUCUUGGAUGCACUACACCAUUGAUUUAAUAUACUGUUAAAGACAGUCUUUAUUCCUAUCCUAACUCCAUUAAUCUGGUAAAAGUGCACAAAGGAAAUGUUUGAGCAGUUGUUUUAAUAAUACUACUGAUUUUUAAAAGGAAUUUUGUCAAAAAUAUUAGUAAAAUUGUCUAGUUUGCAUCUAAAUUCACUUAUAUUGGUAUAUAUGUAUAUUUUGAACAGCUUAAUAUGUCAGCUGUUAAAUUAUUGUUUCUAAAUGCAGAGGCCUUGUAGGAGUUGCCCAUUCACCCCUCUGCUAGCAUGUUGCAUUUCUUCUCCUUUAUAAGAAGUGCUACCCAUGUGUGUAUUGGUUAGUUUGUUAAUGUUCAGAGGCCAUGAUCCAGUCCUGCAGAAUAUGUGUCAAAGAAAGAAAUUUAAUUGUUCUAUCAUAACCAGAGUAGCAAAAAUACAAAAACAAACAUUGUAUUAGUUUAUCAAUCCAGCUCUUUCUGAAGAAGCCUCUGUUUAAAAAAAAACUGUCACAGUUUCAAAACAUUGGAACAUCUGGCACAGUGAUGUAUACACAAGAAGGCCUUUGUGCAUGUGCACAACAGCUCUUCUAGACUGGCUUCAAUAUCUAUUCAUGCUAUCAAGCUCUAUUUGCUUGGGAGGGUUUUUUUCCUUCAUGAUAAUUUAAAAUGUGUAAAAUGAGAUUUCAACCAUUGAAGGACAUAUGGUAUACAUUAAAAGGAAGGAAGCUAGCUAUGAGUCCAGGGGAAGUUGUGUGGCUUUUCACUCUUGGAGAGGUGUGUUGUUCUGGGUCACAGAGAUGGAGUAAUAACUUGAAAUUAAAAACAUGGCUUCACAAAAAAGAUGACUUAGAAAGAAAAGAGGAAGUAAUUAGACACCACUUUCUGUCAUGCAAAGUAUCUUCAAUAGGUGCCCAUGACACUUGCACAAAACCAUUCCAUACUACAGUGGUAAUGGCUUUGUGCUCACUAGGGAAAGUAUUGUUUUCAAGAAUCCAAAAUAGUUCAUAGGAAGUAUGGAAACUGUGAUACCAAUGCAACAAUAAAAAUAUUU